CACAAACUGGCAUUCUUAUCUUGAGAUUACAUAGGAUAUAAAACUCGACAAACGCCACAACAACAGCACAUAAUAGCUCAGACCAGGAUUCUAGCCAAGACAUGGCAGGUUCUCUUAGCACCGUUUUACUCCUCUUGGCGGUGUUUACAUUGUCCAGCGCUCUGUCACAGUCAUUUUCCAAGAGAGUUUCAGCUGACGAUGAAGAUAUCUUCCAACGCCCUGUACCUAAGCCGUUGAAAUACCCCGGCAAAGUUUUGGACGUAGAAGACAAAGAACUCCAAGAAUUAGCUGAAGAUUCAAUGGGAGUAAGAGAAAGGGAACGAGAGAGAGAGAGACUGAGAAGAUUGGAACGGGAAAGAGAAAGGGAGAGAGAGGAAGAGUUGAAAUUGAGAAAUGAACUGAGAAGAGAAAGGGAACGAGAACGGGARAGRAAASKAAGACACGAAACAAGAAGAAUGACWGGUGAUAAUGGUUUUUCGCCUGACUCUGCGAUUUCUGUAAUCUCUGAGAAUAUACCCACGUCCAAAGAUCAGUCCCGAGGAUUGCGUGGUAAACAUCGAGGACGCGAGGAAGAAAUCGAGAAAGAAAGAACCGAUCAUCAUGGAAGGAAAGAGAAAGAAAGGAUCCACAAAAUGGAACGUGAAAGACUACGACAAAGAAAGRUUCAUGGCCAAAUGAGGAAAGAAUUAGAGAAAGAAAUGAGAGGACAUCGUCAACGAUUAAUGAAAGUUGGCAACAAAUUCAGAGAACAAGAGGAACGGUUUCGCGCACGUUCAAGAGCCCGAGGAGCCUCUUUGAGGACUUAAUAACAGAUAUUUUGAAUAUCGAAGGAAUUGAUUGGAUCCGGAGCUGGAAUUCAAAAUUGUUCAUAAAUCAUUUUAAAGCAAAUUUAUUUAAACUGUACGAAGAAAUCAUGUGUAGUUAAAAUUUGAUUACUGAUCAGAUGUUACACGAUAUAUCAAAGGUACUGUGAUAACGUUGAGUCGGUACACAAGAUGUUAUUGUAAAUGCAUGUAUUAAUGAGAAAAGAUUAAAGAAUUAAGAACGA